GCGAGUUACCAAAGAUGUUGAGCAGCGAGCUGGCAUGACACGUGGCGAACGCACAGAAUCUGUGGGCUAAGCUAACCAGUAGUAGAGAGUAGUAGGAGUAAUAGUCUCUCUCCUCUCUCUUCUACUUCUAAGUUUUCACACUAAACCUUACCUUCCCUUCCCUUGAAGUAUUGAGUGAGUGAUAUUUGUCUCUUGGUUUUAUUUUGUUCUUUCUUCCCUGUAAUAAUAACCAUUUGGGUUCCGGGUUAUGGAUUUGGAUUUAGAGAGAUGUUCGGUUUCGAGUUCGGGUUCUUCGUCGGCGGCGGAUCGGAUGGAGCUCGAGGCGGCGGAGGCUUUGGCUGAUUUGGCACAUUUAGCGAUGCGAGAGAGCAGCGGCAGUGAAUGGGGAAGCAAAGGCAAACGAGCUAGGAAGCGAGUCAGGGCUGAGUCUGACUCGGUCUCCACUUAUUCCGAUCUCCCCCGGCAGGAUCGAGCAGUUGUGGAUCAGCAGCCAAUACAUAGAAAUGUAGUGAAGCCUGCAAGACGAGAGCUGGAUGCAGAUGUGCCAAAAUCAAGUCCUAGUUGUGCAACAAGUUACCCAUCGUAUGGCACUGGCAGGUCUAGGCUAAAUUUAACUGAGGCUGAAAAGGAAGAACGAAGACUGCGUAGAAUAUUGGCAAACAGAGAGUCCGCUCGACAGACUAUUCGCCGUAGACAGGCUCUGUGCGAGGAGUUAACUAGGAAAGCUGCUGAUCUGUCAUGGGAGAAUGAAAACUUAAAGAAGGAAAAAGAGCUGGCCUUGAAAAACUAUCAGUCUUUAGAGACCACAAAUAAACACUUGAAGGCACAGAUGGCUAAGCAAAUAAAAGCUGAGAUGGAGGCAUCUCCUGGAGACCUCAAGUCAGCCCUUGUUGACAUACCUACUACUUCACCUACAAACUGCCCAUUGCUUGUAUAUAACCAACAUGCAUUUUCACCUCAUUGCUGGCCUUCUAUUAUUCAAUCUUCAAAUCCUAUCCAAUCACAUUAUACAACUAAAAAUGCCAUUGUAAUUCCGUCAAACAUGCCCAUGCCAACUAAUGGAACACAUGAUUCAUCACAGGUGCAACAAGAAAACACUGUAAUUGUCAGUGGCCCAAGGACACCUGUAUAUUUAGUUUCCUGUCCAUGGUUCUUUCCAGGUCCUGAUCAUGGGAAUGGACUCCAUGCUCAGCCUUCUUUUAACUUUAAACACAGACAAGAUGGGACUUCGUUGAAUAAUCUAUGCUGUGGUAGUUCAUCUCCAAAAGCUGCUGCACCUAUGGAGAACCGGCAUUCCUCUUUAUCCAUUAUAGUUAAAUCAGAAACUACUAGCUCAGAAGAAGUCAGGGUUAUCAAUGAUCUAAAUGAGACACCAGUAGGAUUUACCCUGUAUGGAGGUGGUCAGUGCGAAGGAACUCACCCUAAAGAAAUGAUUCUUACUCCUGUACCUCCAACUUCUGUUACGCCUGCAGUAGCUGUUAAAAAUGAAGCUGGGCAAAAGUCAGAGUAUGCUUUCGGUGCUCAUGGUAUUUGCACAAAAGCUAGUCAACUAAGGUGUGCUUUACCAGAAAAGAAUCAAGACCCGUUUAAAUUCCCGAGCAAGAAGCUAGUGGAUGCAGCUUCUGCAGCAGAGGCAAGGAGGAGGAGAAAGGAACUUACAAAACUAAAAAACCUCCAUGGCCGCCAAUGUCGAUUGAAUUGUUGAGUCUUUGGCAUAGAUUUGGAUGGGUUUUUUUAGUUCCAGGAGCUUAAGCUGGUUGGAAGGAUUUGGGAAGCAGGAAAAAACACUUCUAAAGGGAAUACAUAUUAAUCGGUUAUUUGUUAAAUCUUUGGGGACUACUAUCAAGUUUUGAGGUUCCAAAGCUCUUUAUCUGUCAGCCGUGUUGAAUUUGGGGUAAAUUUUAGUAGCCCUAUUAUUUGGCCUCAGUAGCUCGACAUGAUGAAAGCUUCCAAUUAAGAAGACCUCAAGCAUGUAACCUUUUUCGUUUUCUUUUCCCUGUUGUCUGUCUUUGGAAGUUUGCUGUCGAAAUGGAUAAUUUAGCAAAGUGAGGCUGCCAUUUUGAUGGUUGAGAUGGAGAGGGCAGCAAGAACAGGGUGACUUCAAAAUUAGUUAAUGGUUUGUAACAUCAUGUUGUAAGAUGAUGCAUCUUUUUCUGAAAGCGCAUCCACGAGUUUAGGCUUAAA